AUUUUUUUCAACAGUAAACCUUAUAUAAGAAAUUUGACGUUUUCUGUUUUAUCUAUGUUUUAGAAAAUAUGUAAAGGUACUUUAAUUUUGAAAAUUGGUUUAUUUAUAUUUAAACUAAACGGCUUUGAACUGUAUAAAGACAAUAGAUUCAAUUGUUUAAAAGCGGUAUUGAAUGGUUAAUGAGCAAUUGAUGCAUUAUGCAAGCUUGAACAGGCGCCCAGCUUUGCAUUUGUUCGAUUAAACACGCCAAGACAACAUCGAUCUAGAACCCACGUUCGGUCAACAAGAAGUUCGUUUAUAAUUGUUAUCCGUUACUGUUUUAUCGUCCUUCGUGUCUUAUCGUUCCGUUGGACAUGCAAGACGACGAACGCCUUCUUCAAGAACUCUCAGGGUCCGAUGAAAAGGGCGUUAGGCAGAGUGUCUCUAGGAGCUCUCAAAAAACUGCCUUAACAUCAGUUCUUCUCUCCUCAAAUCCUUGGAUACAAAGAGAUUUAAACAGGAAAAUAUCUAAAAUUGAUGGACAGAUGAAAAGAAGAGAACGGACAUUAGACUGGAACCAACGUCAAUUCUUCAUUAAACAAUUAUUUGACGCUGAUGAAAACUUGAGAUUUUGUAAUCCAGUUAAUGACGACAAAAGUCCUAUUACAUUACCUAAAGUAAAGGUCAAAACAGCCAAAUCUACAGGCAAUCAAGCAAGAAUGGGCACUAUUGAAGGGGAGCAGCAAUUACCAACAAUUCGGAGACAAAGUGCAACACCCUCUUUCGGAAAAAAUAUUGAUUUACAAUUAGGAAAAUCUAAUACAGAUUCUCUUGGCCCAGUUAACCCAAAAGCGGAAGUGGUCGAUAGAAUUUGCGAGGAUGAGCUAAUUGAAAGGCUAACUCUCUCACUACCAGUCGGACUUCUUGUAAAAGCGUCUGAGAAAGCCAGCAGGCCUAUACAAGAACGGAAGAAAAGACUAUUAAAACAAAAUCAAACAACUAUCGAAAGAAACUUUAAAGAGGAUGAAAGAUGGAAGAAGUUGCAAAAUUCAUUAGUUAAAAGUUUAUACUAGAAAAACAAUUACAAACAUUUAAAUUUUCUUAGGAUGAUUAAUUGAUUGCAGUAUUUGUAACAUAAUCAUGCAGAUGUAAAAAAAUUUAUUACAAGCAUUUAUUAAUAAUUUUUUAGACUUUUAUAAUUAAAAAGAGAUCUCUUGAAAAUUUAUUAACCGAAAGAAGAGAGGAGAGGAUUACUUUUGUUAUUAGGCUUUUUGUCUUCAAAAGUUCAAUGAGUUAGUUAAUUUAACAGAAAAAGGAUACAUAUUUA